AUGACCGCAGAGUCGUUUUUCGGAUACUACGACUUCGGAGGGUCCGCCCUAACCCUACCGGAGCCGUGGGCCCUACCAUACCAAUCCCACAGCUUCAGCCCGGCCCAUUUCCCAACCCACGAGCCCGGCCCGUUUCCCAUGCCCUACGGAAGCCUGCUCGGGCCGGCCGGGUCGGACAAUAAUCAGCUGAGCCAGCUGAUUUCCGAGUCGCUGGGCCAGGUGGUGCAACCGAGCGGGUCGGGCCCAUUUGGGCUUCAGACGGCCCAAGAGAUUAUGGAUGCGAAGGCCCUGGCAGCUUCUAGAAGCCACAGUGAGGCCGAGAGGAGGCGAAGAGAGAGGAUAAAUAACCAUUUGGCCAGGCUUAGAAGCUUGCUUCCUAGCACAACCAAAAAGCUGCAUGAAGAACGUGCUAGAGCAAUCACAGAGAGGCGAGCGGCCGACAACAACGAUGAGAUUUCCGAAAUUGAACAAGCCAUUAUUGCUGCAAGGGCUGAACUCCGAAAAGGAGGAGACAACCCGGAAAAAUUGGCGGCAGCCAUUGCUGCUUCUCAAGCCUCAUCUGUCAAUGCAAUAACUGCCAAAAAUGCACCAGUUGAGCUUGACGAGUUCGGCCGUGACGUAAAUCUUCAGAAGCGUAUGGAUAUCUCGAGAAGGGUGGAAUCUCGUAAAAAAAGAAGGGAAAAAGCCGAUUCCAAGAGGAAGCUAGCCAUGGAAAGAGAUAGUUCUUUUAAGCAAAUGGAAGGGGAAUUGAGCACUGAUGAAAGUGAUAGCGAGAGCACGGCUUACGAGUCGACCCACAGUCAAUUGCUAGAGGUCGCCGAGAAAAUUUUCAGUGAUGCGGCCGAGGAGUUCGCUCAAUUUUCAGUUGUGGUGGAAAGGUUCGACCGGUGGAAGAAAGACUACGCCUUGAGCUAUCGUGAAGCAUAUAUGUCCUUGAGCGUGCCCGCCAUUUUCUCGCCCUACGUCAGGUUGGAGCUUCUAAAGUGGGACCCACUUCAUGAGGAUGCAGAUUUUAUAGAUAUGAAAUGGCACUCUUUGCUAUUCAAUUACGGGCGUCCAGAGGAUGAAACCAAAAGCAGUGAAGGCGACACAGGGGAUGAUGCUGAUGCGAAUAUAAUUCCUGAAUUGGUUGAAAAACUUGCGAUUCCUAUUCUACACCACCAGUUAGCUUAUUGUUGGGACAUUCUUAGCACCCGUGAAACAAAAUUUGCUGUUUCUGCUAUGAAUUUGGUCAUUGGAUAUGUGGAUCUCUCCAGUUCAGCCCUGGGGGAGUUGGUGAAUGUGCUUCGUGAUCGUCUCACUAAGGCAGUGGCCGAUUUAAUUGUACCCACGUGGAGCCCACUUGAAAUGAAAGCCGUGCCUAAUGCAGCACGAGUGGCGGCUUAUAGGUUUGGAGUGUCUGUUCGUCUCUUGAGGAACAUAUGCCUGUGGAAUAAAAUUCUGGCUAUGCCCGUCUUGGAAAAAAUUGCCCUUGAUGAGCUUUUGAGUGGCAAGACCUGUAGUUGA